AAAGGAUUAGGCUAGUUGGUUUCCAGUGGCCCUAAUAGCUUUGAAAUUUUGUCUCCUUGACCCUAUGACUAUAUUACCCUUUUCAGGACUUCACAGAUAAUCUCAUGCUUAGUUAAACAUUUGUAUCCUACCUCUGGGCUAUGGUCUUUGGAAUCUUUUUUGUUUUGUAGGCUUAGCAAUGUGAAUGGCAUAAGAGAAUUCUUCUUUGUUCUGUUUUAUUAAGUAAUGUCACCAUGUUUUAUUUCUAGGAUACUGAUGAUAUUGACGUAUGAAUUGUUACACAGAAUUUACCUAUUAACUUUGUUGUGUUUUUAUGCAGUUGUUCUAUUUAUUGUUACCAUAAGUAGAUUUUUUAAAUUUCAGGCUCUGUGUAAUUUCUAAGCACAUUUCAUUUGUAUGUCUUAUUUUAGUGCUGGACCCAAAGGAGACAACAUUUAUGAAUGGAGGUCAACUAUAUUGGGACCCCCAGGAUCUGUCUAUGAAGGAGGGGUGUUCUUUCUUGACAUUACCUUUUCACCAGACUAUCCGUUUAAACCCCCUAAGGUUACCUUCCGGACACGAAUCUAUCACUGUAAUAUUAACAGCCAAGGCGUGAUCUGUCUGGACAUCCUAAAGGAUAACUGGAGUCCAGCCCUAACCAUUUCGAAAGUCCUCCUCUCCAUCUGCUCACUUCUUACAGAUUGCAACCCUGCUGACCCUCUGGUAGGCAGCAUUGCCACGCAGUACAUGACCAACAGAGCGGAGCAUGACCGAAUGGCCAGACAGUGGACCAAGAGUUGUGAUGUGAUACCCAUCAAGUUUUGUUUUGUUUUCCUCCAUAAUUUUGGUGGAAGAAGUAAAUUCAGCUGUACGAGUCGUGGUCAACAUAUUCAGUGACAAGGGUAAGUCCAUCUGGCUUUGACCUUCAGGCUAUUUCAGCUGUGCAGCUAUAGGAGGUAGAGGAACUGUGUGGGUGGUGAAGUGUAAAAAACACAUUGAUGUGCUGACUGAUAUCAGGAUCGUGAUACAAGGCAUAUUGGGAACUCCCACUAACACCAGUACAGGCACGUCGGACAGCUUGGUCUCCUUUAGGGAGCCAUUAACAUCUGUACUGCUAAAUAGUAGGAUUUGUAAGUGUGAGUCAUUCACCUCUAAAUAUUUAAACAUUUUAAAUAUAUGAUUCAAAGAUGUGGUUUUUGUUGUUUUUUAGUGGUUAAAAGAAAUCCUAAAGAAAUACAUUUAAAUAUUGGAAAUGCCACUUUUAAACCAAAGUACCUGGGGAUAUUUUUUUCCCUUUUUAAUAACAGUUAUACCAUUCAUCUCAUUAAAAACGUUUUCCAGCAUGCCAGAACACCAUACAGUCUCCUUUGCAAGUACUUAACUCUGUGGUUGUAGCAAAAAGAACCACAGACAAUACAUAAAUAAGUGUGGCUGUGUCUCAAUAAAAGUUUAUUUACAAAAACAGGCAGUGGCCAGAUUUGGUCCUUGUUUGCCA